UACACAUAAGUGUAGUGUAUUAUAUAUUGGUAUUUUGUAAUAAUUUAUAAAAAUAUAAUAAUAAACGAAAAUAUGUACAAAUAAACGACUUAUUAAAACAAAGUGACAUACCAAUAAAAAUGGAUUUUGAAAGUCCAGAUGUUGAAAAGGAUUUCCCCGGUUUAUACGCUUCAGAAAGUGGACGUAAAAGCAAUGAAAGUGACUUUAGCGAUGGUGCAGAACACGAAAAACCAAGUAAGAAAGACUUGCUAGGACGCAGGAAAGAGAAGAAAGAAUCUAAAAAAGAUAGAGGUUAUGCAGCACUGGAAGGAGAGAGUUCACCUGAAGAAGACACUGAUACUAAAAGUCCAUCAAAAUCUAAGAAGACAAAGUCAUUCAAGUUCCCAACCAAAAGCAAGGAAAAGCGUGAAAAAUCCCGAGAUAAAGAAAAAGUUUUAGAAGAAACAGUUAAACAUAAAGAAGUAACAGAAAAAGAUAAGAAAAAAGAAAAGGAAAGGGAGAAAGAGAAGAAGGAAAAGGAGAAAAAGAAGGAAAAAGAUAAGGAAAAAGAAGAGAAGGCCAAAUUCAAAUUUGAAUCUAGAGAAAAACUUAAGGACGAGAAAAAAGAAAAGGUAAAGGACAAAGAUAAGGAAAAGUCCAAAGAGAAAGAGAAAGAAAAGGUGAAGGAAAAAGACAAAGAUAAAAAAGACAAGAAAUUGACGAAAAUACCGUCAACGGUGACAUCUGGUGUUCCUUUUGAAGAAAUUUUCACAUUGGGAGUUGCGCUCCCUAUAUUCGGUGUACCACUGCAACAGUCUGUGGAGCGCUCUCGUUGCCAUGACGACACCGGUCUGCCGCUGGUCGUCCGAGACAGCAUCGAUUACUUACAGGCACACGGAUUAAAAUCUAAAGAUAUAUACCGGACCGAACCGGAUAAGAUAAAGUUUCAACAACUGAGGAAGCUGUUCACGGAUCGAGGGCCUACAUUCCCGUAUCACUGGGACGUUCCUGUCGCUUGCGCUAUGCUCAAAGCUUUCAUCAGUGAACUCCCGGAAUCGAUACUAACACAAGAGCUGCACGGACAGUUCGAACAAGCCACCGCUAUAGCCGAACCUCAGCGGGAAGCGACGAUGACGAACCUCAUCAAUAAGCUGCCGAACUGUAACCACAAUCUGCUGGCUUGGCUGAUGAGACAUUUCCAUCACGUUGUCUCCAACGAGCAGGUGAAUCAAGCGAACAUACAAACGAUAAUGGCAGCUAUGGGAGCGGCUUUGAAUAUGUCACUCAAUCUGCUGACUUACCUCGUAACGAAAUCGGAAAAACUGUUCCCUAACGUCCGACUCACGAAAUACGUGCCGCCUCUCCACUCGCUGCCGGCCGACUUCCCCGACUCCGCCGCCGAGAUGAGCGCGGAGCUGCGGAAACAAGAAUCUCUUCUCAGUCAGAUCCACGCAGAGAUGCACGCCGGCUUCAUAACGGCCGCCAGAGACCAACAACUAUGGGAGGCGCAGCGAAUUGUAACACAACUCAAGCGUAAACUUCGUUCGGUACAAAAGUCAACGGAGCCUAAUGCAGUGCCCACGCAGCAAUCAUCCGUAGACGAGAAGCAACCGGACGAGGAGACGACGCGAGGGAGCUCGCAGCCGACCGAAGCCGAGAAGCCGGUCCGCGAAGUCGAAAGGCCAGGCCGCGAAGUCGAGAGGCCAGUUCGCGAAGUCGAGAGGCCAGUCCGCGAAGUCGAGAGGCCAGUCCGCGAAGUCGAGAGGCCAGUCCGCGAAGUCGAGAGGCCAGUCCGCGAAGUCGAGAGGCCAGUCCGCGAAGCCGAGAAGCCAGUCCGCGAAGCCGAGAGGCCAGUUGACGCGUUCGAACCCAAGGAAUCGCCGCUCGACCAAGACGCGACCUUCGAGGCGGAAUUCGAAGACAACUUCGACUUCAAGCCGGACAAAAAAACGACCACAGUUGAGACACAAGCUACGGAACCCAUCCCAGAUAAACCAAAGCUCACCGAGAAAGAACUCAAAGUGUUGCGUCUCGAAUUAGAGAACGCUGAAUACCUGCAACUGAAGUCGUUGUUGCAGGCGAAGAUCAAUUCGGAACAAUUCGAGAUUGUCAAGCUGAGGAGCUACGUCGCUCUGAAAAACAAACAGGAAUGCAACCUACAGAAUAACAAAGAUGCCAAAGAAAACUCCAGCGUCGACGAGCAAGAGUUAAAACAGAGGCUGAUGAAAGAAAACGCUUUGCUCGAGCAGAAAAGACUGAAUUUGAUCAACCAGAUCUUUCAAGAGAGGGUCGCGUGCAUCCAGCUGAAGAUAGAGCUCGCGAUGAAAGAGAUUCUGUCUAAAUCAUAAAAUCUUCGAGUCUCAAAUUAGUUUUAAGUUUAUUUAUGCACUUCUAUUCCAUGUAACAAAUGUAAUUUAAUGUAAAUUAGUAAUAAAACCAGUUAUGAACUAA